CGCUCCGCCCCUUCCUUCCCCCCCUGCCUGCCCCCCCCCCCUCCCCUGCCUCGGGGGUCGCACCGCCUGCGGCGCGAUGUUGGACGAGGAUGAAAUUUUCGUCAAGUCCGGCCCCGAGUUGUUCAAGGAGUUGCUGCGGAUAUACCCCAUGGCCGAGGUGGACGAUUAUUACAAGAACGGCAUGUGGAAGGAUGACGUGAUGAAGAUGGACUUCACACUCAUCAACGCCCACCGCCGCGAGGCCGGAUCUCCCGACCCCGUGCCGCUCGAGGAGGUGCAGGUGCCCGAUUUGCCCAAGGCGGUUGUGCCGAUGGCCUCUUUUGCAGUGGGGAGGCCGGCCAUCGCGGGAACCAGGCCAGCUGGAGCGCCGGUGAUGGCACGCGCGGGUGUGAUGCCCACCGCGGCGCCAUCCGCAGAAGGCGUGGGAGGCAGCCCCGUGGCCGAGCUGCGGCUCAUCGCGCUGUUUAUCGCGAAGUGGAAGCUGGAGGCUACGAGCGCGAAGAUGACGCUCGCGAAGCUGAGCCCAGCCAGGCGCCGCCACAUCAUCACUAACUUCAAGCCGUCCGGCGCUGUGUCUGGCGCAGCUGCGACACAAGCGCUGGUAGAGUACUACCAGGUCGCCCAGGCCUCGGGCCUGCCAGCGCCGCAGCUGGCACAGGGCACCUGCCAGGCAGCUUGCAGCGGCGCGAAGGUAGCGCCGCUCCCGCGCAGGUUCAUCGCGAACUGCGAGAAGACGGGCUCCUGGGGAGCGGCCUCACCCGCCGCCGCCACUGCUCCGGCAGCAGGCCUUGGCGCCCCUCGGCCUGCCGGGCCCACCGCGGCGCCUGGGCCUGCCUUCCUGCAGGCGAUGGCGCCCGGACCCGUGCCGAUGCGCGCGGGCGCCAUGCCGGCCCGGGCUCCCGGGAUACCCGCCUUCGGCGGCGCCGCGGGGGUGAAGCGGCCCUACGCGGCGCCCGCAUACGGGCAGGACCCGAACAAGAGGCCGCGCUUCGGCGUCCCGCUGCAGUCGGGCCCGCAGGCGGCGCCGUCGGGCGCCGCGUCCCACGCAGAGCUGGCCAGCAGGAUAGCGGCGAUCCGCGCCGUCGUGCCUGGAGGAGGGCGCCCGCCCGGCGCCCGCCAACCGCCGGGGCGGCCGCAGGGUGCGUCCGAGGGCAGUUGGCCCAAGCCCGCGGGCUUCGGGCUGACGAGGCCCGCCAGCGCACCGCCGCGCCCCGCCGUCGGCGCGUACCGGCCCGCCGGCGCUGCGGCGGCGGGGCCCCGGCCCGCAGGCAGCACGAUCAUCAGGAACUUGCUGCAGCGCUACUGAUCGCGCCCCCUCCACCGGCUCGCCCGGCCUGGCGCCCCUCGGUUGGGCAUCGGGGCGCGCAGUGGAACGCGUCGCAUUCUGAGGGCAGCGCGCCCGCCGCCUCGGACUUGCCAGGGCGCGCGGCGCGCCAAGGUGCGCGCCGCUAGCCCCCCGCUCGCUGCAUGUUGACAUG